UCAGGUUGAGGUUGAGGGAGGAUUGUGGUACUAAUAAAUAAAUAAAGAAAGAUAAUAUAAUCUAUAGGAAUCCGGAUCAAUCGGAAGAGAAAGGUGAAAAUGGGGGAAGCAGUAGUGGCAGCGCACAACGUAUUCGUAUAUGGAAGCCUAUUAGCAGAUGAUGUGGUCCGUGUCCUGUUGAAUCGAGUCCCCACUUCCUCCGCUGCUCUUCUCAACGGCUUCCAUAGAUUUAGCAUUAAAGGACGGGUUUAUCCGGCAAUUCUCCCAGUCCGAAACCGUCAUGUUAGUGGCAGGGUGUUAAUGGGAAUAACGGAUCCUGAAUUGCAUAUUUUGGAUGAAUUUGAGGACGUUGAGUACCAAAGGACUCGCGUUGAGGUCUCUUUGCUGGAAAGUUCUGACAAAUUACAAGCCCACGCUUAUGUGUGGAGCAACGCUAGUGAUCCCAACUUGUACGGCGAUUGGGAUUUUGAGGAAUGGAAACAAGUGCACAAGGAAAGUUUCAUAAAGAUGACGAUGGGAUUUAUGGAAGAACAAGAGCUGCCUGGAUCAAAGCCAAGAGUGGCCACUUACGAAUCCUUCUAUCAGCAAGAUGCUGCUGAAAAGUGAGGAAUCAAUCAUGGUUCCUUCUUUUGUUUUCUUUUUAUUAUCAAAAUCUAUGUAAAUAAUUAGAAUGCUCGAUCGUCGUUUGGUUAUUAGUAGUAUGUUUUGGUAUUUGCCUUGCCUGAAUGAAUUGCAGACAAACUUUACUGUAAUAAGAUCACGAUUCAUGAAUGAUGAUUAAUAAAUAAACUCAUAAUCUUGGGUUCAUUUCUUUGAA